GUUUCUCUCUCUCAAAGACACAAUUCUUCACUUUCUGGACGGAGGGGAAGGUGGCAGACCCGGGAGCCCUGCCUUGCAGCUGGCUCCCUUAUGUAAAUCACUGAGUUCCUGGCUCAGACAGUGACUGCCCUGCCCAAGGGAGGCUGUGAAGGGGCAGGGGAGAACAUGGAAACCUGGCAGAGGAUGUUUGCGCAGAAGAUGGCCUGGGAGAAGCCCAGAGACAAGUGGUCGCUCACCCCGGAGGAUAACCUCAGUCCACGAAACCUUGAGCCUGGAUGGCAGCUGUACCAGCAAGGAAAAGCGUUUGCCAGGUUUGAAUGCUCCGGCUGCUCCCGCCGCUGGCCAUCGGCGCAGGUGGUGCUUCUCUUCCAGAUGCACCUGGCGCAGAGGCAGGGCCGGGUGAAGAUGAGGCUGUUCGGCCAGACGUGUAAGAAGUGCUGGGCGGCUCGGUUCGAGAAGCCCGUCUUCACCCAGGAGGCCAUGGAGAGGAUCCUGGACAACUUGGUGCGGAAGAUCCUGCAGAAAUGCUACCGGGAAUCCCUGGCAAAGCCCAAGUUCUCUGAACCCCUGGUGGAAGAAGAGGUGGAAGGGCCCCAUGACACGGCCCGUUGCGAGGCGUGUGCUCUGGGGGUCUGUUCAGUGAAAGGCUCGUCUGCUCGUGCGCCCCUUGCCCCCGCCUCUCUUUUAUUGGAUUAA